GAAAGGCCGGACACCAGCCGAUGAGAUUGAGUGACUGGCACUUGGGACCACAGAGAAAUGUCAGAGUGUUUGGUUACAGACUCAAGGAAACCUCUCAUUUUAGAGUGCUCAUUUGGUUUUAAGCAAAAUUUUGGACUGUGAAUCAAGGCAUUGGGUGAAGAAAAAAAAUGGCCUCGCCGGCUGACAGCUGUAUCCAGUUCACCCGCCAUGCCAGUGACGUUCUUCUCAACCUUAAUCGCCUCCGGAGCCGCGACAUCUUGACGGAUGUUGUCAUAGUGGUGAGCCGGGAGCAGUUCCGAGCCCAUAAGACGGUCCUCAUGGCCUGCAGUGGCCUGUUCUACAGCAUCUUCACAGACCAGCUGAAAUGCAACCUCAGUGUGAUCAACCUGGAUCCUGAGAUCAACCCGGAGGGGUUCUGCAUCCUCCUGGACUUCAUGUACACGUCUCGGCUCAAUCUGCGGGAGGGCAACAUCAUGGCCGUGAUGGCCACAGCUAUGUACCUGCAGAUGGAGCAUGUUGUGGACACUUGCCGGAAGUUCAUCAAGGCCAGUGAAGCAGAGAUGGUCCCUGCCAUUAAGCCUCCCCGUGAAGACUUCCUGAACAGCCGGAUGCUGAUGCCCCAAGACAUCAUGGCCUAUCGGGGCCGGGAGGUGGUGGAGAACAGCCUGCCCCUGAGGAACGCCCCUGGCUGUGAGAGCAGAGCCUUCGCCCCCAGCCUGUACAAUGGCCUGUCCACGCCGCCAGCCUCGUACCCCGUGUAUGGCCACCUUCCGGUCAGCAGCUUCCUCUUCUCCGACGAGGAGCUGCGGGAUGCCCGGAUGCCUGUGGCCAACCCCUUCCCCAAGGAGCGGACCCUCCCCUGCGACAGCGCCAGGCCAGUCCCCAGUGAGUACAGUCGGCCGGCCAUGGAGCUGUCCCCCACUGUGGGCCACAACAAUGUGUACUCACCCAAGGAGGCAGCCCUGGAGGAGGCACGGAGUGACAUGCACUACAGUGUGGCCGAGGGCCCCAAGCCUGCUGCCCCCUCGGCCCGGAGCGCCCCAUACUUCGCCUGUGACAAGGCCGGCAAAGAGGAAGAGAGGCCCUCGUCGGAGGAUGAGAUUGCCCUGCAUUUCGAGCCGCCCAAUGCACCCCUGAACCGGAAGGGUCUGGUUAGCCCGCAGAGCCCCCAGAAGUCCGACUGCCAGCCCAACUCGCCCACGGAGUCCUGCAGCAGCAAGAACGCCUGCAUCCUCCAGACCUCCGGGUCCCCUCCGGCCAAAAGCCCCACUGACCCCAAAGCCUGCAACUGGAAGAAGUACAAGUUCAUCGUGCUCAACAGCCUCAAUCAGAAUGCCAAACCAGAGGGGCCCGAGCAGGCCGAGCUGGGCCGCCUUUCCCCUCGAGCCUACACUGCCCCGCCAGCCUGCCAGCCGCCCAUGGAGCCCGAGACCCUUGACCUCCAGUCCCCAACUAAGCUCAGCACCAAUGGGGAGGACUCCACCAUCCCACAGGCCAGCAGGCUCAAUAACAUCGUCAACAGGUCCCUGACCGGCUCCCCACGCAGCAGCAGUGAGAGCCACUCUCCGCUCUACCUGCACGCCCCCAAGUGCACGUCCUGUGGCUCUCAGUCCCCACAGCAUGCAGAGAUGUGCCUCCACGCCACUGGUCCCACGUUCCCUGAGGAGCUGGGAGAGACCCAGUCUGAGUACUCAGAUUCCAGCUGUGAGAAUGGGGCCUUCUUCUGCAAUGAGUGUGACUGCCGCUUUUCUGAGGAGGCCUCCCUCAAGAGGCAUAUGAUGCAGACCCACAGUGACAAACCCUACAAGUGUGACCGCUGCCAGGCCUCUUUUCGCUACAAGGGCAACCUCGCCAGCCACAAGACCGUCCACACGGGUGAGAAACCCUAUCGCUGUAACAUCUGCGGGGCCCAGUUCAACCGGCCAGCCAACCUGAAAACCCACACCCGAAUUCACUCCGGAGAGAAGCCCUACAAGUGCGAAACGUGCGGAGCCAGAUUUGUCCAGGUGGCCCACCUCCGCGCCCACGUGCUCAUCCACACUGGCGAGAAGCCCUAUCCCUGUGAAAUCUGUGGCACCCGUUUCCGGCACCUUCAGACUCUGAAGAGCCACCUGCGAAUCCACACGGGAGAGAAACCUUACCAUUGUGAGAAAUGUAACCUGCAUUUCCGUCACAAAAGCCAGCUGCGUCUUCACUUGCGCCAGAAGCACGGUGCCAUUACCAACACCAAGGUGCAAUACCGUGUGUCCGCCACUGACCUGCCCCCGGAGCUCCCCAAAGCCUGCUGAAGCAUGGAGUGUUGAUGCUUUCCAUUCGAGCCCCUUCUCAGAAUCUACCCAAAGGAUACUGUAACACUUUACCAUGUUCAUCCCAUGAUGUAGUGCCUCUUUCAUCCACUAGUGCAAAUCAUAGCUGGGGGAGUGGGGGGGUGGGGGAGGGGCGGGGGGAGGGGGAGCCAAGGCUGCUCCCCUCCCCCACUGCCGUAAAACAUUAAGAAAAUAAUACUGCUUCUUCUCCUAUGUGUAAGGCGAACCAUGUCAGCAAAAAGCAAAAUCAUUUUAUAUAUCAAAGCUGGGGGAGUAUGCAAAAGUUCUGACUUGACUUAGUCUGCAAAAUGAGGAAUGUAUAUGUUUUGUGGGAUCAGAUGUUUCUUUUGUAUGUAAAUGUGCAUUCUUUUAAAAGAAGAGACUUCGGUAUGUUAUCAAAGAGAGGGCUUUAAUUUUUUUAACCAAAGGUGAAGGAAUAUAUGGCAGAGUUGUAAAUAUAUAAAUAUAUAUAUAUAUAAAAUAAAUAUAUAUAAACCUAAAAAAGAUAUAUUAAAAAUAUAAAACUGCGUUAAAGGCUCGAUUUUGUAUCUGCAGGCAGACACGGAUCUGAGAAUCUUUAUUGAGAAAGAGCACUUAAGAGAAUAUUUUAAGUAUUGCAUCUGUAUAAGUAAGAAAAUAUUUUGUCUAAAAUGCCUCAGUGUAUUUGUAUUUUUUUGCAAGUGAAGGUUUACAAUUUACAAAGUGUGUAUUAAAAAAAAAAAGAACAAAAAAAGCUGCGGAAGGAAAAAUGUGUAGUUUUGUUCUAGUUUUCGGUUUGUAUAUACCUGUACAACGUGUCCUACGGUGCCUUUUUUUCAUGGAAGUUUUCAACGGGGAACGACCGCACCAUCCCUUUUGGAAGUGUAGGCAGACACAGGGACUUGGAGUUAUCACUAACUAAGCUCUCUUUGGGAAUGUUUGUCUCAUCCCAUUCUGCGUCAUGCUUGUGUUAUAACUACUCCGGAGACAGGGUUUGGCUGUGUCUAAACUGCAUUACUGAAUUGUAAAAUAUAGCUGUACAAAUACAAGAAUAAAAUGUUGA